AUGGCAUUUUCAGAUCAACUACCAAAUUUCGAGAUAAAGAUUUUCGACGAUGAGCAAAACGAAAGGAUUGAUGGAAGGUUUGUUCCGAUGACAGAUAGCAAAGUUGAUAAUUUGAUCGAAACGGAGGAAAAUGCCACCGCAAAGAGAAAGACACUGUACAACAUAAAUUUUGUCAAGCAGUUUCUAACAGAACACGGCGAGAGGAAAAGCAUUGAAGAGAUUCCAGCGGUUAAACUUAACAACUACGUAAGCAAAUUCAAAGUCGCUGCAAGAACAAAAAAAGGCGAAGAGUACGAAUCUUCUUCACUUGGAGGAAUUUUGUCGAGUGUUGAGCGCCAAUUACGUCGCGCCGGUUAUUAUCAAAGACAACGAUUUUCAAAAGACACGAGAUACCCUUAAAGCAAAACAGAAAGAACUGAAGCGAUAAGGGAAGGGCAAUAAACCCAAAGCAAUCACAGCUUUAAGCGACGAAGACAUCGAUAUUCUUUAUGGCAAGAAGGUGCUUGGAUUAGCUCUCCACAAGCUCUUGUAAACACUGUUUGGUUGAACAACGUGCUACAUUUCGGUUUACGUGGAUGCAAAGAGCAGAGAGAACUGCGAUGGGGAGACGUCGUUCUUAAAUCAGAUAGUGAAGGAAGACAAUACCUUGAGUACUCUGUUGAACGGCAAACGAAGACUAGAGCUGGAGGAAGCCCGAGGUAUCAACGUCAAGUGAAGCCGCGUAUGUAUCAAAACAAAACCACCGAGUCCACUGAACGAGCCCCGCUCAGGUUUACAAAGCCUACAAAGACAAGCGUCCAGGAAACAUGUUGAAGCCAGACUCAACGUUCUACUUGGCAGUAAAUUACUUCAUCAAGAGUGAAGGCGAAUUAAAGUCAGAAGGCUCAAAAUGGUUUAAAUCUCAGCCAAUGGGCGUUAACAAGCUCAACAGCUUGAUGAAAGAAAUGACCGAAACGGCGGGAAUCUCUGUGAAAACAAAUCGCAGUGGAGGGGAAACACUAGUUCAAAAAUUACAAGAUAAUGAUGUGCCACCGAAUCAGAUCGUUCAAAUAACUGGCCAUAAAAAUCUACUAUCAAUUAAUAAUUACAGCUCGUUAAGAGAAAGACAAAUCAAGAACAUUUCGAAAAUUUGGUCAUCCUCAUCAUCAACAAUAAAUGCCGUACUGCCAGCAGUGCAACAGAGUCUAAAAAGUCAUUUUACUGAGGCACAUUCAUCGACUUCAGCUGCUGAAAGCACAUUCCAAACAAUGUUUCAAGGAAAUUAUAUCACUGGAGGUGUUUUCAAUAUCAAUCUGGCAGCGACUAAAAAUACAAUCACAAGUCCAGAAGUGGGGCCGAAAGCGAAAAAAAAAGAGAUCUAUAAUUGA